AUGAGCAGCACUUACAGAACAGUAGCAAAAAUACUUAAAUUCCUUUUUUUCAAACUUUUUUUUUUUGUAGGUGAGAAAUCUGGAAAUGAACAAGAAGAAGUUGCGCUGCAGAAUGCCAGUAAACAGAUUGUGCAAACUGCCAUCCUGCAGGCAGUUCAGCAAGUCUCUCAGGAGAGCCAACAAAAGGAGAAGAGAGUAAACAGCAGUGUGAGUCUGCAGUUAGAAAGAGGGGAAUUAACCAAGAAGCAUGAAAAGAAGUAA